AUGGGCGAGACACUUGAAGAAGUAGAGGUGUUGGCGACGGAGGCGAUAGCAAUGAUCGAGAGCUGGAUGAACGGAGUGAAGCUGCAAAUAGCUCACCAUAAGACGGAGGUGCUAUUAGUCAGCAACUGUAAGGCGAUUCAGCGGAUGGAGAUCGUCUCGGCGAAGGCUAUGAGCGCAAUAGCAAGGAUCAUGCCAAACGUUGGCGGUCCAAGAAGUAGCACCAGGCGUCUACUAGCUAGUGUCUCGUCAUCGAUACUGCGGUAUGGAGUCCCCGCUUGGGGUAAUGCGCUGGAAAUCAAGCGGAACCGUAGAAGGCUACAAAGUGCGUUCCGGCUGAUGGCCAUACGAGUCGCGAGCGCCUACAGAACGAUCUCGUCGGAGGCAGUAUGCGUUAUCGCCGGGAUGGUCCCUAUCUGCAUCAGCCUAGCGGAAGAUAUUGAGUGCUAUCAUCGAAAAGACACGAGAAAUGUGAGAAAGAUGGAGAGAACCCGUUCAAUGGAGAGGUGGCAGCAUGAAUGGGACAGUACAGACAAUGGGAGGCGACCCACCGACUCAUUCCAAACCUGUCAACGUGGAUGA